AUGGUCAACUCCUGUUGUGGCUCCGUCUGCUCUGACCAGGGCUGUGGCCAAGGCUGCUGCCAGGAGACCUGCUGCCGCCCCAGCUGCUGCCAGACCACCUGCUGCAGGACUACCUGCUACCGCCCCAGCUGCUGUGUGUCCACCUGCUGCCGCCCCAGCUGCUGCAUCUCUAGCUGCUGUCGCCCCAGCUGCUGCCAGACCACCUGUUGCAGGCCCAGCUGCUGUGGCUCCACCUGUUGUGGCCCCUCCUGCUGUGGCUCCAGCUGCUGCUGCCCCACCUGCUGCCAGACCACCUGCUCCCGGACCACCUGCUGCCGCCCCAGUUGCUGUGGCUCCAGCUGCUGCAGGCCCACCUGCUGCAUCUCUAGCUGCUGCCGCCCCAGCUGCUGCCAGACCUGUUGCCGCCCCACCUGCUGCAUUUCUAGUUGCUACCGCCCCUCCUGUUGUGGCUCCAGCUGCUGCAGGCCCACCUGCUGCAUCUCCAGCUGCUGCCGCCCCUCCUGUUGUGGCUCCAGCUGCUGCCGCCCCACCUGCUGCAUCUCCAGCUGCUGUCGCCCCUCCUGCUGCCAGACCACCUGCUGCCGCCCAGUCUGCUCUAGUGGUUCUUGCUGCUGA